CCUUCACCGCGGUACCUAAAUACGAAGUUAGGUUCGGAGAGAAUUCCUGCUAGUCACGAACACUCAAGAAGCUAUGUUUCUCGGUCACCCUUUGGUAACUCAUCGCUCUUUACUAGUCCCGCUCUACUUGGCCGCCAUCUUGGUUUGAUGGAUACUCAACAAAUUUUGAGUCCGAGUUCUUGUUGUUGGAACGAUUUGUAAGGAAGAUAACCCUUUUUUUAGCCACUAGAAGCUAUAACUUUGUCAAAAUGAACCCAUGAGAUAUAGUCGUAAAUGCAGGUUUUUGCAAAGCUUGAAAAGAGGUGAUUUUCUUUGAGAAUUCGUCAAGAAGACGUUUGUCAAGCACCACGUGCGAAAAUGGUCAAGGGAAAACAGGCUGCCAAGCGAGGGAACUUUCCGACUGUUGAACAGAUCAGCAGUGACUCCAUCACCCAGUUGGCACAGAAAUACUGGUCAAAAGAUGGGAAGAAACUCAAGUUUGAUCCAAAGGUCAUAGAGCAAAUUUACAAGGAGGAGAUUAAAGGCAAUAAGUUUUCUGUGAGAAGACUUAUGCUUCUGGAGUUCAGUCAAUACCUGGAGCGAUACCUAUGGCCUAGUUUCAAUGCUGAAAAGGCCUCACUUUCUCAUCUCUUGUCCAUCAUGGUGGUUGUAAAUGAGAAGUUCCGAGAAGGUGUCCCUCCGUGGGAGGUAUUCAAAAGCAAACCAGAAGAAUUCAGUGGAUUUUUUCUACGGCUGCUAGAUGUUUGUUUGAUAGAUGAUGAAAAGGUCUUAUCAUUCCGGGAACAUACUAUUGUCCUCAUCUUCAUGAUCCAUCUUUUCAACAGUCUGGAAAUGGACUUAAUCAGAGAGAAUGUUCAACAUCUGGUGUCUAUUCCUAUGUGGAGAUGUUUGCUCCCAGGUCGGCUGGAGCAAGAACUCAAGUCUGUCCCAAAGUAUAGGAAAUUCUGGACGCACUUGAAGAAAAAGGAUGAAAACUUAGAUGAGGCUACUAAGGCUCAACAAGAGAAAACAAGAGUGUUCCUAUCAAAACUAAUACAUAAGUUUUUGGAAAUCCUCAAGUCAAUACCUGCUACAGGUGCUGCAGAUGUUGACAAGAUUCACUACUGUGAACGCUUUCUUGAGCUUUUGAUAGACUUAGAGGCGUUGUUACCAACAAGAAGAUUCUUCAACACUGUAUUAGAUGACCACCAUCUAGUGGUGAAAUGCCGUUUAUCAAAUCUCACUAAAAGAGAGGAAGAAGGAAAGUUAUUUAAUCAGCUUCUAGACAUUUUGAAGUUUUAUACUGGAUUUGAAAUAAAUGAUGUCUCUGGAAUGCCAUUAACUGACCAUGAGAUGGUAGACAAUCAUUACAAUAAGAUGGCAUCAUUACAGAGAGCUGUUUUUAAGUAUUUUCCUGAGCUGCAUGAGUUUGCCAUGAGUAAUAUUGCUGGGAUAGAUACAAGAGAUGCUCUUCUCAAGCACUUUGGACAACUUUCGAACAAGACUUUGCAUAAAGUGGCUGCAUAUCUUAAGUUGUUGCCAUCUUCUGAUGAGAGUGCACAAGAAGAAGACAGGGAAUUUCUGCUAGAAAUGCUUGUGUCCAGACAUGAGAAACGUCUGUCACAGAUUGAUGCUAUCAAUGACAUGCCUCUCUAUCCAACAGAGCAGAUCUUGUGGGAUGAGAAUGUUGUCCCUACUGAGUUCUAUUCUGGAGAAGACUGUCUAGCGCUGCCUAAGCUGAACCUGCAGUUCCUUACUCUUCACGACUACCUGCUGAGAAAUCUGAAUUUGUUCAGAUUGGAGUCUACAUAUGAAAUCCGGCAAGAUAUAGAAGAUGUUGUUGCUAGAAUGAAACCUUGGCAGAAUGAGGCAGGUGGGACAGAGUUUGGUGGCUGGGCAAGAAUGGGGCAGAGGAUCGAAAACUUCAGUGUUGUUGAGGUCUCCAAACCAGAUAUUGGUGAGAACAGACCAUCACGUGUGAGAGCUGAUGUAACCAUUAAUCUGAACAUGAGAGGAGAGGUGAAAGCAGAAUGGGAAGUGUUACGCAAGCAUGACAUCGUCUUUUUGUUAACGGUGAGACCAGUCCAGACAACCCCACGGUACAAAUAUGAUCGCAGCAAGCCUUUCAGAGAACAGUAUGGACUGGAGUAUGUUAGAGGAGCAGAAAUAGAGGGAAUGCUAGAUGAAAAUGGAAAGGUUAUUGAAGAAGGUCCAGACCCAAAGCCUGAGUUCAAGACUGACAAUCGCACGUACCGGGUAUGGCUCGACACAAACCAGUACCAGCAAGACAUGGCUGCAACUGUACAGGGUGCAGAGGACACAUACGAGACGUUUAAUAUCUUGAUGAGACGGAAACCAAAAGAAAAUAACUUCAAGGCCGUACUGGAAACGAUUCGGGACCUGAUGAAUGCAGAGUGCAUUGUCCCAGACUGGCUGCAUGACAUCUUCCUUGGAUAUGACAAUCCAGGUGCAGCCCACUACAGUCAAAUGCCCAAUCUGAUCAAGACGUUGAAUUUCAACGACACAUUCCUGAAUUUUGAUCACUUGAAGGAAAGCUUUCCCCAGUACACAGUUAAGUGUACCACAGAGGACAAGUCUCUUCAGGUUCCGCCCUUCAGAGUCACCUUCCCAGAAGCCCCAGCAAGCAGGAAGCGCAGGCUAAAUCAGCAAAACCCCAAAGAGGCCAGCAAAGAGGUGAUUGUGGAACCUUUUGUCGUACCUAACAGAGGACCAUAUCCAUUCAACCAGCCCAAAAAGAAUGCAGUGCCGUUCACCCCUACUCAAGUGGAGGCGAUACGUGCAGGCAUGCAGCCCGGACUCACCAUGGUCGUAGGUCCUCCUGGGACUGGUAAGACGGAUGUUGCUGUACAAAUCAUAUCCAACAUCUACCACAACUUCCCUGAGCAGAGAACAUUGCUGGUGACACAUUCUAAUCAGGCUUUGAAUCAAUUAUUUGAGAAAAUUAUGGCACUUGACGUUGAUGAGCGUCAUCUGCUUCGUCUUGGUCAUGGCGAGGAGACACUAGAGACUGAGAAGGACUUUAGCAGGUAUGGUCGAGUCAACUUUGUUCUCUCCAAGAGACUCGAGCUUCUCAACGAAGUGCACCGGUUCCAGGAGAGUCUUGGUGUACAUGGAGACGUGUCCUAUACCUGUGAGACGGCGGGGUACUUCUACCUCUAUCAGGUGGUUUCCCGCUGGGAGGAGUACAUGAGUAAUCUAAAGGAGAGGAGGGGAGAUGUUUCUGCAAUCUCAGAGCUCUUCCCAUUCCACAAAUUCUUCGAGAACGCACCGCAGCCCAUCUUCAACGGUCGCUUGUGGGAUGAGGACAUGGAGAUAACCGAGGGCUGUUAUCGUCACAUCAAAAAGAUCUUCCAACAGUUAGAGGAAUUCCGAGCAUUCGAGCUACUGCGAAGUGGACGAGACAGAACCAAUUACCUUCUCGUGAAGGAAGCGAAGAUCAUCGCCAUGACUUGUACCCACGCCGCCCUCAAACGACAUGACCUUGUCGAGUUGGGCUUUAAGUAUGACAACGUAUUGAUGGAGGAGUCUGCCCAAAUCCUCGAGAUUGAGACGUUUAUCCCGCUCCUACUUCAGAAUCCCGAAGAUGGCUAUAACAGGUUGAAGAGAGUGUGUCUUAUCGGUGAUCACAAUCAGCUUCCACCAGUCAUCAAGAACAUGGCUUUCCAGAAAUUCUCAAACAUGGAGCAGUCCCUGUUCACACGCUUUGUACGCCUGGGUGUGCCCACGGUACAGCUGGACGCACAGGGCCGUGCACGGCCAAGCUUGUGUAACCUAUACAACUGGCGCUACAAAACUCUUGGAAACUUGCCGCACGUCUUGACGUGGCCAGAAUAUGGAGUAGAGAACCCAGGCUUCCACUUCGACUUCCAGUUGAUUGAUGUACAGGACUUCAAUGGCGUGGGAGAGUCUGAACCUAACCCGUACUUCUACCAGAACCUCGGCGAGGCAGAGUACGCGGUGGCCCUCUUUAUGUACAUGCGGUUGAUUGGUAUUCCUGCUGAGCGCAUCGCCAUCCUUACAACUUACAAUGGCCAAAAGCACUUGAUUCGCGACGUAAUCAACCAGAGAUGCGGCAACAACCCUCUUAUAGGACGUCCUAGUAAGGUGACCACGGUCGAUCGUUACCAAGGUCAGCAGAACGAUUUCAUCAUUCUCUCACUGGUGCGCACGCGUACUGUAGGCCACUUGCGAGACGUCCGCCGAUUGGUUGUUGCUAUGUCACGUGCUCGGCUGGGAUUGUAUAUAUUAGCGCGUGUAAGCCUCUUCAGUAACUGCAUGGAGCUAAGCCCAGCAUUCAGCCAGUUGACGCAGAGACCACUGCAGCUUCAUUUAGCACCACAUGAGCGCUACCCCUCAACAAGACCGCUUGGCGUGCGUCCGUCGGAGCCGCCUCUGGUGAUUCACGACAUGGUUCACAUGCAUCGCUUUGUGUACGAUUUCUAUCAGGACCAGGUCCGCGAGCUGAAAGCACAGACAGAGUACAUGGCCGCUCAGAGCAGCUAUAUACCUAAGCCUCCCGAGGAGACAGAGAAACCCGAGGCCGCAGCCAAGAGUGAGGAGAAAGAAUCCCCAGCGGAAGAGGCAAAGAAGGAGGAGGGUACACCUAUCGUGAACGAAGUGGAAGAUGUAGAAAUGGAGUCCAAGUAGAGGGAGCGACAUGCGUCACCUUGUUUGGAGUGUGGAUUCAACAUAGGCCAGAAAGAUAGCUUGCAGAUAGUCAACUUCGUGAGAAUUUUUCUUCGUGUGUAUAUGGAUAUAAAAGGAACACAUCCCGCAGCUAGAGUCAACUUAGUUCGUUCGAAGUGUUCUACAUGACCGUAUCGCCAAGAGACACCCCUAAACCAAGUAAGCUUAUGCAUGCGAAUUUCAUUCUACACGAAUCUCUCUCUAGAUAAGAAAUGAGUGGUAAAAAAGUUAGUAUAAGAACUUUUGUAAAAAAAAAAAAAAUAAAUGUCUGUUUUAAAAAAUAUACGUCUGUUUUUAAAACUGUCUGAAAAGGGGGAAAGGAAUAAUCACAACACUUGCUAUUCGCGAGAGAAAGCGUAACGGACAUGACUAUCAA